AUGGGCAACGACGAAAUCUCCGAAUUCGAAAAGCAGCGCCUAGCCAACAUCGCCGAACGCGAUGCGCUACUCAAAAAGCUGACCAUGGAGGCGCAGUCCUCGGGGCUAUUCCCGCCGAAGAUGCCCAAACCAGCAGCGAAGGACCAGUCGCGAACGAAGAAGAAGACUCCCGUGAAGAAAGUUAAGGAGGAGACGCCGCAGCCGCGGCGCAUGUCAUCCCGACUGAGGGGCAUCGCGGCGGAAAGCGAAGUCGCGAAGCGCAAAGCAGAAGAAGAGUACGAGGCGCGACAGGAAGCGGAGCGCGCGAAACGGGUCCGCAAGUCGGAUAACUUCUCGUUCAGUGAUAUCAUGGUGAAUGGACAGAAGCUGCCUGCGGAUGGAUUGAUCGGAGUGGAUGUGGUGACCAAGGGCGUGGCGAUACCCUAUCAGCGGACGUUUGGCGAUGAUGAGAUCCAGAAGACAACGGAUAAGGAUUUGAAGGCUUUGAGGAAGGAGAUGAAUGGAUUGACGCUCUGGGAUGCGUGGGAACCUAAUCGCAUCAAAUUGACCCCCGAACGAGUCUACGCCAUGACCUUCCACCCCACGGAAUCCAAACCCCUCAUCUUCGCCGGCGACAAAAUGGGCCACCUCGGCAUCCUCGACGCCUCCCAAGAGAAACCCACCUCGAUCAAACCCGAAGAAGACGACUCCGACUCCGAAGACUCAGACCCAGACCCCGUCCUAACGACCGUAAAACCGCACACCCGGACGAUCAGCAGCAUGCACAUCCACCCCAGCACCCCCACAACCCUGUACACAGCCAGCUACGACAGCUCGAUCCGCGCCAUGGACCUCGAGAAAUCCACCAGCGUAGAGAAAUACGCCCCGGAAUCGACCUCCUCGGACGAGCCCAUCUCGGGCAUCGACAUGGCCCUCGACGACCCCAACGUCCUCUACUGGACAACCCUAGACGGGGCCUUCGGACGACACGACAUCCGCACCGACCCCACAGCAUCAGGAACAGUAACCACAUGGCAACUAUCGGAGAAGAAAAUCGGCGGGUUCUCACUCUACCCGACGCAACCGCACUACUUCGCGACAGCGAGUCUGGACCGCUCAAUGCGGUUAUGGGAUUUGCGCAUGCUGCAGAAGCCCAAGAGGAGGAGCAAGACAGAUGGAGAUGAGGGACCUACCCCGGUAGGAGAACACUACAGUCGACUCUCCGUCUCGCAUGCUGCAUUCAACAGCGCGGGGCAAAUCGCGACGUCAUCGUAUGACGAUACGCUCAAGAUAUACGAUUUGAAGAAGAAGGGGAUUUCGAGCUGGGAUGUGGGUCAUGCGGUUGGGGAGGAUGAGUUGGGGCCGGAUACGGUCGUGAGACAUAAUUGUCAGACGGGGAGAUGGGUUACUAUUCUCCGCCCCCAGUGGCAACUGAACCCGCAAUCGCAUAUCCAGCGCUUCUGCAUCGGAAACAUGAAUCGGUUUGUGGAUAUCUAUAGCGGGGAGGGGGAUCAGUUGGCGCAGUUGGGCGGGGAGGGCAUUACGGCUGUGCCGGCGGUGGCUGUUUUUCAUCGUAGUAGGAAUUGGGUUGCGGGGGGGACGGCGAGUGGGAAGAUUUGUUUGUGGAUGUAG